AGUUCUUAGUUCCUCUCGGUGAUCACAACAAACAUGGUCAAAAAGUUGUCUGCGCUUUUUUUACUUCCUCUGGUCCUCUGCGAGGAUGCAUCUAGGCAGCCGAUGUAUAAAUACAGGUAUGAAACAGAAGAUGUAAUGAAGACAGCUGCUUCCACGGUACCUGUAAGAGGCUAUCACGUGGUGGAAGGAGGCUAUUACCCUUCUGAGCCUGAAGUUGGUGGUUUUGGAUUUGGAGGAGCAGGAUUUGGUGCAGGUCCAGCAGGAUAUGGUGGACAUGAAUUCUUAAGUCCAAAGUUAGCUGCCAGCCAGGUAGUCCCAAUAGGAGCAACAUUUGGGGGACAACUAAUUCCGAAAUACACUCAAACUGGCUUUCUAGGUGCCGGAACAGGUUUUGGAGGUCUUAACGGAGGAUUACAAGCAGGAUACCAGGGAGGACUACAAGGAGGAUAUCAGGGAGGAUUACAAGGAGGAUUGCAAAGUGGGUUACAAGGAGGAUUACAAGGAGGAUUACAAGGAGGAUUACAAGGAAGUGGAUUACAAGGUGGUUUGCAAGGAGGUCUUGGUCUUCACCAUCACAUUCCCCACCACAUAGGAGGUCAGCAACUAGCCAAAGAAGAAUUUAGUGGUGGAAAAAAGAGCGAAAAUGGCGAGAAAUACGAAAAGAGUGAAGGUAAACAAGGCGAGGAAGCUAAUCAUGGAAAAUCAGGGUACGUUAAAGGAGAAGUUGCAGCUAAAGAUGUUAAAGGCGACUCUGGAUUUUAUACUAACGUUGAUGGUGAGAAAAAAGUGUAUGAAGAUGGAAAAGAAUAUCAAGGAGGACAGCAUUACAAUAAAGAAGGUAAAAGUGGUGAAGAAAAAACAGCUAAACAAGGUCACAAAAAAGGUCAUAAAAUCAAAAGUUUUAAGAACUCACAUCACAAGGACGAAUCUGGAAAAUCGGAAGAGUAUUAUGAUGAAGCCCAUGAUGAAGGUGGUAAUUAUGCUUUCAAUGGUCAAACUGGUAGUUUUGGAGAAAAAGCAGCAUCAGAGUUUAAAGGUGGCAACCAAGAUUCAAAAUACAACUCGGCCGAGGCUAAAAAAGAAGGCCACUUCGAAAAUAAACAUUCCGUGGACAAAGUUGAAGGAGACCAAGGAAAAUACGGCCAAAACAAAUUCGCCGGAAACGAAGCCAUAUUCGGGUACAAAAAUGGAGCUGAUGAACAAAGUCUUCUUGGUCACCAAGAAUCUAGCAAACUGUACAAGGCUCAUCCUUUUAUUGUUCCAUUUUAUGAGCCUUAAAUGGCAGAAAAGGUUGUGGGGAUAUAGAGGGAAAUUGGGAAAAUUGCUGACCUGAAAUAUGGAGUUAUAUUAUACACGUUUAUCCUGCUAAGGCUAUCGUGGAAUAAAAUGUUUAAAACUGUCCCUGCACCAUUUAGCCCACUAAUGCUUUCGAUAAAGCAUACAAUAACAUGGCUUCAUACAAGUUUUUAGCAUCCCAAAGGUUAUAGAACAUCGUGAAUCGUGAAAAGGAGUUUUUGCGACUUAAUUUUCCUUUAAAAAAUAUGAAAAAAUCAGUUAUUUUGUAUUCAAAAGAUACAUCUGCUUGAAAGUUUUUCAGAUUUUUUAAAGCAAAAUAACAGCAACAAAAAUAUAAUCGCAAAAAGCUUUUUUCUCGAUUCAAAAAGUUCUAUGGCCUCUGGAAAGCUAAAAAAUUGUAUGAAGGUAUGUUUUUAUAUGCUUUAUUGAAAGCAUUAUAUUAUUAGUCGCUGGGCUGAUCGGUGCGGGGGCAGUUUUGUCAUCUUAUCCCGCUAUAGCCUUUAUGUUAAAUCGUUAGGUUCAAAACGUUUUGUGUAACAUUUUCGAAUUUUUUAUGGAAACUUAAAACAUCAAUUUCUAAUAUAUCCUUUAUUGUGAAUGUUUACAUUUUGCCAUUUUGUGUUUUGAAUUGUUUUCUAAUAUUUAAUAAUUUAUUUUUUAGUUAUUUAAGAUAUCUUUUAGAAUGACUGCCGAUAAAAUUUGUUGACGAUUGAGCUUGUAUAUGGUAUAUUCUGUUUGUUUUUAUGUUUUUGUAAUAAAUGCUGUUGCGUUAAAA